UAGCUUGGUUUUUGCGGGUGGCAACUGAAAGAACCUUACUUUUUGCUACAAAAAAUACCUGUUUUGUCGUCUGCCUUUCUGCUCCCUGUUUCUUGUAGGAUCGCCGUACCAAGCUAACAUUUCACAUCCCGUCCAUGCAGAGGUGUAGAAUGACCAGUGUUUCAAUGAAGUCAAUCUUGCGUUCAGAUUGUCCAGUCCCAUUCAGAGCCCAGAAGUCUACCUCUACCUACUGUGAGACGGGAUCAUGUGAUGCUGAACCCCUCCUCCCAUCUCCCUCUCCUCCUAUGAAUAUCAAAAACUUCAGGUCCAUUGUAUCACGAAAGGGGGAAUUGAUUGGCGGGGGUCAUGAGGGGGCCGGGCAGCUUCCAGUCAGUCACGAGUGGAAGUGGAAGUUGGGGAAAGAACGAACAUCACAUCACAGUCCAUCCAUUCCACAUGUUUGGGCAAGUACGAUGGAACGGAACUUUGAUCACGACAUCGAUCCAUUUCCGGAUGGAUGGUCCAAUUGCCUUCUGUCACGGUCCGUCUCCAUUAUCAAAGACAAACCCCGAAGGUCGUCGGUUGAAACAACUCACUGCCUGGUUCACUGUAUCGGCCGUACCUAUAUCAUCUCUGGUCUCACGUUCGCUCGAAGCACCGACCGAUCCAAUCUAUGGCCAUGGCAAUACAUUGCAUCACAACCAGAUUUCCGCUUUCAUCAUGGCACAUCAAGAGCGAAGCAAGAAAAAGAUAUUGAAGAUAAGAAGCGCUUCACAAAACGCCUCGUUCAAUUCAGUGGUAUAACCGCGAAACUCGCUAAUCCCAGGAAGCCAUGACCAGCCAGAUACCCCUUAUAAAAUGCUUCAGACAGAUAUGAUCCAGACCCAGAAAAGAAAAAGAAAUGCUAACAAAAUGCAAUGCAAAUCCU